AUGGGACGCUCUCGUCGCAGAGGCCCUGAUGACGACCUGGACCCUUACGAGUCCUACGGCCGCCCUUACGACACUGCUGCCGACCCUUACGCCCAAAACCCUUCUCGUGGACGCAGUCCUGGCCCUCGUCGCCGCAACAAAUCAGAACCCGCCGCCGCUCCGGCUGUCUAUGAUGACUAUCAACGCGAUCCCGAGUCUAGGGAACAACCGCGGAAUUACCGUGAGAGUCGAAAGUACAGCAGGGACAUCGUCCCGGAAUCCCACGCCCCACAAUCAGACCAGAGGGAAGAUCGCAAGAGUCGCAAGAACCGCUACUACGACCAAGACACCUAUCAACCACGUGCACGGAGCCACGGCCGCUCCGCCCGGGAAGCCCCCGUUACCGCUCAUCAUCGUGCCGAUGAAGAUGCCUUCGACGCAUUUGCCCCUGCAUCUCGCCGCGGCCGGGAGCGCCAACAUGCAUACCACCCGCCCCGAACAAGCGACACGAGGCGCUCCAAGUAUGCUGACUUUGACGCCGAGCCCCGUUACUCUGAAAGGAGACGCUCCCGUUAUGCCGACUACGACGAAGCCGAUCCCUACAAUGCUGAGUUGCGCCGCUCCAGGAAUGAUGAACCACGCGAGAGUGACAGGCGGCGUUCGCGCUACCCUGAAUAUGAGGGCGUCCCCCGCGGCGGUAGUGAAUCAAAUCGCGGUCGUCAUCUAGAUUCCGAGGUUGAUCCCCGCUCCAACCCGAGAGGAUAUGCCGGCCACGGCCAGGGUGGUCGCGGUCGGUACAUGAAUGACUCGCCCGAGCGGUAUGUCCAACCAGGCGGCGGCGGCCAGCAGCGCUCUGCCAGAGGCCGGUCCAUGCCCAGAAAAGGUGCAGCAGGCGGUGCCUCCGGUGCAGCUCGGCCUCGAGCCAAAUCAGCCGUUGGCUACGCCGCAUUGGGUGAAGCCGCCCAGACAGCCUUCAGAGUUGGAAGUCAGGCAGCCCUCCAGAUGAAGAGUGAACCCGGUCCGUGGAUAGGUGAGAAGGGUACGCGGGUGGCUACUGCUGCCCUGGGCGCCGCCCUCGUCGAUACGUUCGUUGGUCACAAGGCCACCGGCAUCAAGGGCGGCAUGCGCCACCAAGCUUUGCGCCAAGCAUGUGAGAUGGGCAUUCGCAAUUUUGUCGUCCAACCUACUGUAAAUACGGCGACCCGACGCAGUGGGAGUUGGGGCGGCCAUGGUGGCGGCAGCGGAGGAGGUCAGGGCAGCAGUGGUAGAAGACGGCAGUAA